GUGAUGCGUGGUCCUGAAAAGAGGCUUCUCUCUUCCUUAAUGUUCUCUGUUGCUGUGUGUAAGGGACACUCUAUCUAGAAUUCUCGCAAUCGACACAAGGAGAUCGACAGUAUGGAUCAAAGCAGCCGUGAACGGAAUGAUGGGCUAUCAAGUUCCAGAGCGAUGCCGACACUCCCACCAGAUCUAGAAGCUCUAUCACUUGCAAAGUUCGAUGACCAAGUGGCCAAAGGAACAAUCAUCUAUGAAUCUUCGACGGCCGAGACUGUGGAAGACCAGGGGUUCAAACUCAGUUUUCGGUUCGUGCCACACCUUCGCCGCAAGCCCAUCACACCGUCAGAUGCACCCGAGCGGAAAACGGGCAAGGGCCACAAUCCCUUCCUCAAUCCCAACCCGGAAGAGGUUCUCUCGGAAGUCGGGCCCUCGCAUCUUCUGAUCUUGAACAAAUUCAGCGUCUACCGACCGAGCCUGCUGGUUAUCACGAGGCAUUUUGCGCCUCAAUCGGAUGGCCUUGAUCUCAGCGACUUGUCGGCCGCCUGGGCGAUCUUGCAGCGCUUUAGGCAGCGAUACAUGAUGAUCUACAAUUGCGGCUUCGAGUCAGGAUCUAGUCAGGGGCAUAAGCAUAUGCAAUUUUGGCCGUAUCCGGACGAGCAAGAGUUGGACUUUCAGCUCUUUCCAAACGCGGCUGGGUCGACAGUUGAUGUCGCGGAUAACAUCCCGACUGUCCCUCACAAACACUUCGUUCUUCGACUGCCAACGCACAGUGACCCAAACACCCUCGUCCAAACCUACGAAAGGCUGCUUCGAAAGGUCCGGCAAAGCCAUGAAGCAGCCGGCGGGGGCACCGACUACAAUGUGAUCCUGGUGAGAGAGUGGAUGUGCAUGAUUCCCCGCCGACACAGUGGUCUUGAGAGAGGAGCCGGCGCAAACUCAGCCGCGAUGCUGGGGCUUGUGUGGAUCGCGAUUGAAACCGAAAAGGACAUCUGGAACUCUGCUGGACCAACUGAAUAUCUCAAAUACCUAGGUCUACCGAGAUAG